CCCAUCUCCUCCAAGCGCUGGUGGGAUGCUCACAACCAGCACACAAGCGGUGAUGAGCAGGGUCUGGCCCCACAACAGUUUAUGUCAAGGCUACUGCAAGCCGCAAGCAUUUUAAAAAUUUACUUAUCUCCUGUCAGUUUCCUGACAGGCUGUUUCCUGGGGUAAAAAUGGGCAGAAAGAGGGCAAACAGUGCUGGGGAGACUUCGACGCUGCAGCAAGAGCCCUGGGGGACUUGGGGCUGGGGGUGACCACAGGACAGGGCAGUGGGGCAGCUGGGCACAGCAUGCACACAGCAGCCUGUUUUCUGUCACCGCCUGAUGGCAGAGAAGUGGUCUGGGGGCAGAAGCAGCUUCGAAGCAAGAGAGGGAAAGGACUGGUAAGCGCACACAGAAUGUGAGGUGGCAGCAGGGUUUAACCCCAUCCUCCAGGCAGGCAGGCAGAGGUCCUGGGAGGCCCUCCGGGCAAUGGGGGAGGCAGGCUGGAUUAAAUCCUUGUCUUUCACCUGGGCUGGAGUCCAGCCCCAAAAUAGCAGUCCAAAAACAAGAUCACAUGAGAGGAAAAAAAUAGCAAGGCAAAGGAUUAUCCAUACUUCCUUGUCCUAUGUGGGUGCAGAGAGGCGGCCCACACCACCAGCCACAGUGCUGCUUUGCUCCCUGGCACCACAGUGCCUGCUGGCUGAUGCCAGCUCUUGCCCAGGAUCUGGCACAGCCCCGAUACCUGCGCCUAUCUGAGGGACACUGCCUUGCUCUGAAGCCACCCGUGAGCACUGCAAGGGCGUGCAGGUGCGGGCGUGCAUCGCUGCGGGAGCUGCCUGGCCCCUGGGGAGUGGGGCGAGGGGCAGGGUGACCCCAGGCAGCUCCGGCCUGCCUCAGUGCAGGUCAGCAGUGUUGCCUCCCAGCUGCGCUCACCGUGCUGCUGACUGCGCUGCUGCCACCACUGCCCAGCCCUGUGCACCCUGACCUGGCAGCCUGGCCACCGGGAGAGGCUGAGAGAUGGCUGAGGGGGAAAUCACCACUUUCACCGCCCUGACCGAAAAGUUCAACCUACCCCCAGGGAACUACAAGAAACCCAAACUCCUAUACUGCAGCAACGGGGGCCACUUCCUACGGAUCCUGCCAGAUGGCAAAGUGGAUGGGACCAGGGACCGAAGCGAUCAGCACAUUCAACUCCAGCUAAGUGCGGAAAGCGUGGGAGAGGUGUAUAUAAAGAGCACCCAGUCUGGGCAGUACCUGGCGAUGGACACCAACGGGCUACUUUAUGGCUCGCAGUUACUGGGUGAGGAGUGUCUGUUCCUUGAGAGGAUUGAAGAAAACCAUUACAACACAUACGUCUCCAAAAAGCACGCGGAUAAGAACUGGUUUGUAGGUCUGAAGAAGAAUGGGAACAGCAAGCUGGGGCCACGGACUCACUACGGCCAGAAGGCAAUCCUUUUCCUCCCACUGCCCAUCUCAGCUGACUAAGCCCCAUCCCAGAAGCUCAAAGACAACCCCAAACCCCAACCACUGCCACCUUCUUUCCCCCGACCCCACCUCCCUUUUUGCUAGUAUGACAGCGCCAAAUGUUAGAGCUCCGAGCUUUAGGUAAUGGCUUUACCAAAAAUAGACAAAACAGAGGUCCUCUGCUCUGCACAAGGCUUUGCAGCCAUGAGGAGAAAAGCCCUGACACCCUUGCAAAGCCCAUCAGCAAUCCCUCCUCCCCCUGCCCUGUGCCAGCUGUCGGUCAUAUCGUGCCCGCUCUGCAGCUCCCAGGGACACACACAAACCUGUCCCAGGCAGGCACCCAGAAACGUGGCCAAGGGCACCCCAAGGACACCCUGUUACCAGAAAACGGAGGCUUUUACUGUCCCCAGUCAUUCUAAGGCAAAACCUCCCUGGAUACUCUGUAUUAACGUAUUCAUCCAUCUAAGCAUGUAGCUUCUAAUAUGCCCUUCAAGCAGUUUCAGGUUGCACCAUCAGUCAUGUUAUCAAGUGCCAGCCUGAUGAAAUACUUGCCAAUGUCCUCGGUGUGUUAAGCUAAACUAGCAUCAGCCAAAAGCUCCAAGCUCUAGACAUCUUAGCCUCCCUUACAACAUGAAUAUUGCUAUAUUUCAUACUAGUACCUGCCAUACGUUAUUUGUAUUUAUUUAUUAAGUAAAUAUGUCUCUUCUAUAACCUGUUUGUAAGUAAUGCUAGGCACCAAAGCCCCUUGACACUGCUGUCCCAGUGAGGAUGGGGCAGAGUGGGAGUGACUCAGGUCUGAUGCUGAGGGUGUGAUGGUGCAGCAGGGAACAGGCUGCAUGAUGGUGGCAGUGCAUCGCACCUCAUUCCCAGGGGCUUCCACCCACAUUCCCAGUGUCCGGCUAAAUGGGGCUCUAAAAGUGGCGCUGGGGCCCCUUGGUGGCUCCCAAACCCUCCAUGAAGCUGGGUUUCUCCUCUCCUGGAAACAAGCAGAUCUCCUGAGCAGCUCAGGAGCCUCUCCUUGCCAGGUGAGAGCAUCAUGGGAGCACCACACUGCCAGGCUCUACCCUGGUUCAGCUCGUCUGCCCCCAUCCACCUCGGGUACUUGCAGACACUUACAGCGACCAGGCACGAGCUGCACAGGGUGACAGAUCAGCCCAGGCACCGCUGGGGCAAAGCCUUGCUGAGUCAGCGCUUCUCUAAUCACUUCUUCCUGGGUGGCAAGAGCAUUUUACCAUACAGUGAGUUUCCUCAUGUGUAGAGUAGCCCAAAGCCUUUUACUAACCUUUUCUGGUGAUACUGCAUUAAAAAUUAAAUUGGGAAUAGGUUUAACUCCGUUGCAUCCAUGUGACUUGUCAUGGCCCAGCUGUGGCUGCGGGUGAGGUGUAUGUGGAGACAUGGCCAGGGGUACCAUGGUCGACAGGACGGAUUCAGCAGCCAUGGAAGUAGAAGCACAGGAGUCCUUCAUUUAUGCAAGGCUGGAGCUGCAGCAGCGCUGCGCAGCCCGUCCCGCAGCAGGGGGAACACUGCCGAAACUCCCCUUCGGUUCAGUUCUCUGUUCGGUUUCAGACUGAGGUUUCAGGCUGUAAAUAAAAUACGCACGUACAGUGGCAGAACAAUAAAGUUUGAAAGGAAAUAUUG